GUAGGAAACCGGCGCCGAGGGGCGGGGCCGCCAAGAGCCCAGCAUGCCCCACGCGCGCCAACAUGGCGGCGCCCGUGUUGAGGCGGCUUUCCCCGGGCCGGUGGUUUGGCUGCCCGGGAUUGUCAGGACGCUUGCCCCGGGGUCCGCGUCAGUCACACUCGGGCGCUCAGGGACUGCUGGCGGCUCAGAAGGCUCGGGGUCUUUUCAAGGAGUUCUUCCCGGAGACGGGCACGAAGAUUGAGCUCCCAGAGCUCUUCGACCGGAGGUCGGCGGGCCACACUCCCCAGACCGUUUACUGCGGCUUCGACCCCACGGCCGACUCGCUUCAUGUGGGGCAUCUGCUGGCGCUGCAGGGCCUGUUCCACUUCCAGCGAGCGGGCCACCAUGUGAUCGCGCUAGUGGGAGGCGCCACGGCGCGCCUGGGAGACCCGAGCGGCCGCACCAAGGAGCGCGAGGCGCUGGCGGCGGAGCAGGUGCGGGCCAACGCGGGCGCCCUGCACCGCGGGCUGCGGGCCCUGGCCGCCAAUCACCAGCGGCUGUUCGCCGAUGGGCGGGCCUGGGGCAGUUUCACGGUGCUGGACAACUCGGCCUGGUACCACAAGCAGCGCCUCGUGGACUUCCUGGCGGCCGUGGGCGGCCACUUCCGCAUGGGCACGCUGCUGAGCCGGCUGAGCGUGCAGGCGCGACUCCGGAGCCCCGAGGGCAUGAGCCUGGCGGAGUUCUUCUACCAGGUGCUCCAGGCCUACGACUUCUAUUACUUGUUCCAGCAUUAUGGGUGCCGGGUCCAGCUGGGUGGAUCGGAUCAGCUGGGCAACAUCGUGUCCGGAUACGAGCUCAUCCACAAACUGACUGGAGAAGAUGUGUUUGGAAUCACUGUCCCUCUAAUUACAAGCACAACUGGAGCAAAGCUGGGAAAAUCCUCUGGCAAUGCUGUGUGGCUGGACAGAGAGAAGACAUCUCCCUUUGAAUUGUAUCAGUUCUUUGUCAGACAGCAAGAUGAUUCUGUGGAAAGGUACCUGAAGCUCUUCACUUUUCUGCCCCUUGCAGAGAUUGACCACAUUAUGCAGCUUCACAGCAAAGAACCAGAAAAGCGAGGUCCACAGAAGCGACUUGCUGCAGAAGUAACAAAGCUUGUUCAUGGACAGGAAGGAUUGGAUUCUGCUAAAAGGUGUACGCAAGCCCUGUACCAUAGCAGCAUAGAUGCCCUGGAGGUCAUGUCUGACCAAGAGUUGAAAGAGUUGUUUAAAGAAGCUUCAUUUUCUGAAUUAGUCCUUGACCCUGGAACAAGUGUCCUAGACACAUGCCGUAAAGCAAAUGCCAUUCCUGAUGGUCCUCGGGGGUAUCGAAUGAUAACAGAAGGUGGAGUCAGUAUAAAUCACAGACAAGUAACAAAUCCUGAGAGUGUUUUAGUUGUUGGACAACACAUUCUCAAGAAUGGACUCUCUUUACUUAAAAUAGGAAAAAGGAAUUUCUACAUUAUAAAAUGGCUUCAGUUAUGAAAAAUCAUUUUGGUUCUUCAGAUUUAUCAGUCCCAAAACAUGAAAGGUUGUCUUCAAAAUGAAAAAGAGGCCUCAUAAUGUCAUUUAUUUUUUUGAGUUGGUUAAUAAGUAAGGUGUUUAUUUAAUGAUGGUUAAUUUCCUGGCCCACAGACAUUAAUUACCAUAAAAAUCCAUGAUUUCAAAAAUUAAAGCUGGGCAUGGUGGCACAUAUCUAUAAUCCCAGCCCUGGAGGCUGAGACAGAUGGAUCACCACAAGUUUGAGGCCAGC